AAGUCUAUUAAGUUUAUGUUUCAAUUUCAAAAGCUUGCUGCAUCCCUCCCUUUUCACAACUUUUCUAUUUUUAUUUUUUCUUCUCUUUCUUAGGGUUUCUAAUAGUUCAGCUACUGCUUUAUCUGCAGAAUAACGCACUUAUUCUGCAGCAUUUCUCCUUUACAGUCUGAUGAGAGGAUAGGCAGGAUAUAAGCUCGAGAAAAACGUACUGUUAAUUUAUGGAUCAAUCAGAAGAAGGGCAACAGCAACCGUCGCAGCAGCAGCCUGGGAUGGGUGUCGUAGCUGGUGCUGCUCAGAUGGCCUAUAGUACCUCUCCCUACCAAACUGCUGCGAUGAUGGCUUCUGGAGCGCCUGCCAUGACAGUUCCUUCUCCAACUCAGCCACUGCCCAGUUUCUCUAAUCCCCCGCACCAACUUACUUAUCAACAGGCCCAGCACUUCCAUAAUCAACAGCAGCAACAACAGCAGCAGCAGCUUCAAAUGUUUUGGGCCAACCAAAUGCAAGAAGUCGAGCAAACAAUUGACUUCAAGAAUCACAGCCUUCCGCUUGCUCGAAUUAAAAAAAUUAUGAAAGCCGAUGAAGAUGUGCGAAUGAUUUCAGCAGAGGCUCCCGUUAUAUUUGCGAAAGCAUGUGAAAUGUUCAUCUUGGAGCUGACACUCCGCUCAUGGAUUCACACAGAGGAGAACAAGCGGAGGACACUACAAAAGAAUGAUAUUGCAGCUGCAAUUUCGAGGACCGAUGUUUUUGAUUUCUUGGUUGAUAUUAUUCCUAGAGACGAGUUAAAAGAAGAGGGAUUAGGCGUAAGCAAGGCUACUAUUCCCAUGGUUGGUUCUCCCGUUGACAUGCCGUAUUACUACGUUCCGCCACAGCAUCCCGUGGGACAUCCAGGGAUGAUCAUGGGGAAGCCCGAUCAAGCCGCAGUCUACGGAGGGCAGCAGCCAAGGCCACCCAUGGCGUUCAUGCCAUGGCCGCAGACUCAACUUCACCAGCAACAGCCUCAACAGCAGCAAAGCGAUGACUAAAGACCGUUGAUGUGGCAGUCGUUUUAAUAGAAUAGAGAUGAUCAUCGGUAGAGAUAAUCAUCAGUAAUGAAAAAAACUUUAGUAUUAGUCAGUCGUCUUUAUAGUGAGAUAUGAGUGUAUGAUCUCAUCUAGAAAUAUAUCUAUGAUUGUGUUCUAAACUUUUUAA